CAUAUAGAGUAGCGAAAAUAUUUCUAUGUCAACGGAGAUGACUGCAAUACCUACAUUUGGAAAAGAAAUCAAGAAAACAGAGUUUACCCUGAAGGAUGGAGUGGUGUUCGUUAAUCAUGGAUCGUAUGGAGUUGUACCAACACGUGUACAACAGGCACAAGAUAGAAUUAUUGGUGAAAUGAGGGACCACCCAGACUUAUGGUGGCGUCACAAUUUAAGAUUGAGUAUAGAAGAAUCUCGGAAAUGUGUUGCUGAGUUCGUACAAGCUGAUACUGACGAUAUAGUAUUUCUUCAAAAUGCUACUUCAGGCAUAUGCAGUGUGUUGAGAUCGCUGCCAUUUAAAUCAGGAGAUAUCAUUCUGUGUACAGAUAAUUCCUAUCAAUCAGUAAAAUAUGCAAGUGAAUUUAUAAGAGAAUCGAGUAAUGGCAAAGGUGUUCUAGUAGAAUAUUUGACAUUAAAGUUUCCAAUCAACAGUGAAAAUGAUGUCGUGGAGCUAUACAGGGAAUUCUUCAGAAAUAACCAAAAUGUUAAACUUGUAAUAAUUGACCAUAUAACGAGCCCUUCAGCCAUCGUUAUGCCUGUAAACAAGCUGGUUGAAUUGUGUAGAGAAUAUGGUAUACUGAGUUUAAUAGACGGUGCCCAUGCACCAGGUCAGAUUCCUCUGAAUUUGAGACAGCUGAAAGCUGAUUUUUAUAUAGGAAAUCUUCAUAAAUGGCUCUACACACCUAAAGGAUGUGCAAUAUUAUACAUUAAAAAAGACCAUAAAGAUUAUAUAAAGCCUUUGGCAAUAUCCCAUGGAUACAAGAAAGGCAUUUUAACUGAUUUUUUUCACCAAGGAACACGUGACGACAGUGCAUAUUGUGUUGCACCUGUAGCCAUUCAGUUCUUUAACGAUAUUGGUGGUCAUGACAAGAUACAAGCGUAUACUGAUAAAUUAUUGUGUGAAGCAGUCAAACUUUUAACUGACGCAUGGGGAACUGAGAAACUUGCAAUUCCUAUGUCCAUGGAAGCACCAUUCAUGAGAAUUAUAAAACUUCCAAAAUUAAAAGUCUUCGCUGGAUUGACGACAUUCGAUGAAGUUGAACCAAUUAUCAUAGACCACCUGGUAAACCAUAAUGUUUCAAGUCAGUAUACAUUUGUUGACGGAGAUAUAUGUAUUCGUAUCAGUGCUAAUAUUUACAACUCAAUCGAGGACUACCAAAAACUCGCCAACUUCAUAUGUAAUCUGAUGCAAUAAAGUGCAAACUGAAAAACCACCAGUAACUAUAUUCACUAUGCAAAGUACGAUGAAAUAUAACAUCACAAAUUUUGCCUUUUAAGUUUUUUAUUCGAAUGUCAUUGUUGAGUCUUCUGUUAACGAAACGCGCGUCUAGCGUACAUCAUUUUAAGCCCAUGUAAACUAAUAAGUGUUGUUUUUAUUUUAUUUUAAUCACUCAUAUAUUCUUAUACAAAGUCUACUUCUUUAAGAAUAUGGACUUAAGCUGUGAAAAAGUUUUUUUUUUGUCCGCAUAUGAACGAUGUAUGUGAAGUAUCAUAUGUCUAAAGUAGUUUAAAAUAAAA